GAGGGGGUUGCUGCUCUCCAAUCGAGAUUUCGACGCACUACGGCGCACGCAGUGCACAUAAUACACUCGGUCAGCCUUAAAAGCCUUUCUUCGCUAUUUCCUCAUUUUCUACCAAUCGCAGGAAUUCAACCUUACCAGCUCCUGCGUGCUGUGUGGUGUUACGGCGCUUAGGAUUGGUCUACGAUUCUCAGCGAAAACAGCCCCUGAGAUCUCAGGAAGAGUUUGUUUGGAGGCACUAGAGAGUGACAGCUUGAAAAAAAAACUGAAAGGAAGGGAGAAAAAUUGCUCUGAUCACGCCAUUGCUAUCCGCAGACGAAUACGACAACUUUACAAAACUUUUGACAUUUCAGCAGAUUUGGAUUUAUUCACUUUUUGGUGUUUUGGGAAACGACAUACAGCGGAGGACACGAUACUUACACUUUCCCGGAAUAACGCCUUUUGGGGGAUUUUAACUUUGGUUGGGAUGUCCUUGUCUUUCUUUGAGUGAAGUGGAACUUACAGAAUAACCAUAAUCUUGUCGAUACAGAACUAUAACUGUCACGAUGAUGGCGAACACGGGAAUAUACGCCGCCAAGAAGCGCAAAAAGCCUGUACAGAAAAUCCCCAAGCCCCCACCUGCAGAAGGCGCCAAGUCCAACCCGUCCAAGCGCCACCGCGACCGACUGAAUGGCGAGCUGGAUAAGCUGACCAACCUGCUGCCCUUCUCGGAGGACGUGCGGGCGCGCCUCGACAAGCUCUCCGUGCUGCGCCUCAGCGUCGGAUACCUGAAGGUCAAGAGCUUCUUCAAAGCUACCAUGAAGCCCAGUCUGACGUGGCCGGGCCAGAGCCCCUUUGCCAACGGACAGACGGCCAGCAGCCUGGAUGGGGUCAGCUUCACAGAGGGAGACCUACUGCUUCAGGCGCUGAGCGGCUUUGUGAUGGUGGUGACGGCAGAGGGAUACGUAUUCUACGCAUCGCACACCAUCCAGGACUACCUGGGCUUUCAUCAGUCUGACGUGGUGCACCAGAGUGUGUUUGAGCUGAUCCACACAGACGACCGCGCCAUGUUCCGACGCCAGCUGCACUUCGCCCUCAACCCCAACCAGGGAGAAGGAGGAGAGGCCAAUGACGCUAUGCAGCGCAGCAGUGAGAUCACCAGCAACCUAAUAAACUACAACCCCCUGCACAUCCCCCCGGAGAACUCCUCCUUCCUGGAGAGAAGCUUCGUCUGCCGCUUCCGCUGUCUCCUGGACAACUCCUCUGGCUUCCUGGCCCUGAACUUCCAGGGGCGGCUGAAGUACCUGCACGGGCAGAACAAGAUGGCGGACGACGGCAGCAUGGCGCACCCCCAGCUGGCGCUGUUCCUCAUCGGCACGCCCCUGCAGACGCCCGCCAUCCUGGAGAUCCGCAGCAAGACGCUCAUCUUCCAGACCAAGCACAAGCUGGACUUCACACCCACCGGGGUCGACACAAGGGGGAAGGUGACUCUGGGCUACACCGAGAUAGAGCUGUGCUCGCGUGGCUCAGGAUACCAGUUCAUCCAUGCGGCCGACAUGAUGUACUGUGCAGACAACCACGUCAGGAUGAUGAAGACUGGCGAGAGCGGCUUCACGGUGUUCCGUCUCCUGACAAGGGGCGGCUCCUGGCUCUGGGUGCAGGCUAACGCCCGGCUCGUCUACAAGAACGGACGACCAGAGUUCAUCGUCGCUCGACAGAGAGCUCUCUCAAACGAGGAGGGCGAGGAGCACAUGCGUCAGAGGAAGAACGGCCUCCCGUUCAACGCCACGAGCGGCGAGGCCGUGCUGUACGAGGUGAUGUCCCCCCUGGAAAUGGUCUCCCCCCCUACCACGGGCAAGGACCCGCCCAAGCUGCCAAAGAUCACCGAACAGAUGGCCGGCGUGGACCCGGACUCCAUGCUGGGCUCCUUAAUCAAACAGGACCAGGUGCUGUACGGCCAAGUUGCCGCCCCAAGAGGCCCCGGAGUAGGAGGCCCGGAGUCCACGCCCGGGCCAGACCCAGGCCCAGGCCCAGGCUCAUCCGGACCGCCCCCCGGAGGACCCCCUGGUAUGCCCCCCUUGGCGUUCCCACUGGCGUCCACCCCGGAUGGCAUGGAGGUGCCCGUGGAGCUACCCGUGGAUAAGGCCUUCCUGGACAGCCAUGCCCUGUUCACGGUGCCCAGCGACGCCUGGCAGAUGCCCAGCAACUCUGGGGAUGGUAACAGCCGCAGCUCGCCGGGGGGCACCACCGGCACCGGCAUCGGAGUGGCUGCCAUCAAGCCGGAGGCCCAGGGCAUGAAGGACAUGAUGGAGACCCUGCUGCAGAUCGUCUCAGACGGGGACCUGCAGGACGUGAUGGAGGUCGGGACGCUGGAGCUGAAGGAGUGGGAGAGCACGCUGAUGCGCAUCAACAUGACCAGCAGCGAGAACAGCGUAGAGCUCAACGACAUCCUGACCGAGGACAUCUUCUCCUACGUGGAGGGCCUGUUCAAGGAGAACGGCCUGCAGAUGCCCGCCUCCUCCUGCCAGCUCUCCGGCUUUCCCGAGCUGUCCGAGUGCCUUCCGGAGCUCCCCGAGCUGGACCUCCAGGCUGGGAUGAUGGGGAUGGGAAUGGGGAUGGGAAUGGGGAUGGGUGAGGGGCAAGGGUUCAGCUGCGACGUGCCUCUGCCCAAUGGCCCCACCACACAGACACAGCAACCGGCUGGGCAGCAUGGGGGGCUUGUGGGUAAUCAUCUGGGCUUGGGCUACCAGGCAGAUGGUACCAGCAUGGGUGGUGGUGUUGGUGAUGGUGUUGUUGGUGGUGGGUCACUGGUGGGCACAGUGAAGCUCAGCCACAUGGAUACAGAAAUGCCCCUGGCACAGGCCAACGUUUCACCCGUGGCUAACAUGCUCACCCAGACUAUGCCGCAAACCAACGGGCAAAGGAGUCUGUGCAAUGGCACGGGCCUCCAGGCCUUCAACCCCAACACUGCAGCAGCCAGCAUGCUGUCUAGCCAGCAAUACAACCAGGCUCAGCUUCAGGCUCAGCUCCAGGCCCAGGUCCAGAACCAGAGCCCGGUCCAGCUCGGUGCAGUCACCAACGGGCCUCAGCAUAACGGCGGCCGCACCGCCGUGCCCCAGAGGCGCAUACUGACGGGGCAGCAGGAGAUGCUGGGCCAGGUGCACCCCAGUGUGAUGCAGCAGCAGCAGCAGCAGCAGCAGCAGCAGCAGCACCCCAACAUGCUGCAGAACAACAUGCAGCACCCGCCCAACAUGGCCGCAGUCAACAGCAACAACAGCAUGACGUCCCAGCAGGCUGCUGCACCAGUGCCAGUGAUGGUGUUUCAGGGCAACCAGAAGAGGCCUCUUGGGCAGAACCAGCCGAAUGGGCAGAACGGCCCGUGGAUGGCAGCAGCGAUGCCAGGGUCGGCGUUGGCAGGGGCAACCGAUGGCAUGAUGGGAAUGGGAAUGGCCAACCCCGCAGACCUGCCGGUGAAUUCCUCCUCGCAGGCUAAUGCCACCGCCCGUUUGCAAGGACACUUUUCUCUCCAAACCCAGCCGCCGAGCCAGGGUCAGGGUCAAACCCUGCACUCGUGGCAACAGUCACCCCAGCAACAGUUGGCACAGCAACAGAUGCUGCAACAGCAACAGAUGCUACAGCAGCAGCAGCAGCAGCAACAGCUUCAGAACCAUAUGUCUAACUCACACCAGCGCCUGCCCAACUGCAACUUCAGUCCGCAAACCACAGACUUCCAAAGAGACACUCGCAUGUCUCAGCGUCUUCCUCAGAACACUCAAGGCUUCGCGGCUGGCUUCCAGCCCCAAAACCCCAACAACUUAUCCACGACCACCAACGGGCCAGGUGUCUACCUUAGCCCCCAGCCAGGUCUGGUGGGCACUCCCCUCCAGCUUUCCAAAAACAGCUGCAUGUUCAACAGCUCACCACCUGGCGCCGCUGUCCCAGCAAACGGCCCCGCAAACGGCCCUGCUAACGUCGCCACAACUUCGCCGCCCACCAACGGCCUGGGUCUUGGACACCAUAACCACCACCUCCAGCAGCCGGAGCUGACUAUAGUACAGAAGAUGAAGGCCUUGCAGCAGAAUCACCACCACAGCCCGCCACAACAGCAGCAGCCAUCUUGCCUCUACCAGAGGAACGCCACCACCACCACCACAGGCACCACAGGCAUCUCGGGCACAACACCGGAUGGCUUCAACGCGAUCAGCUGCCAGCUCAACACGGGCCAGUUCCUCAACUGCAGCGACAAUACACAGAUAACAAACCCGUUGAUAAAUGACAGUGAGCCUUUCCAGUUCCCCGGCCUGGGCAAGGAAACCACCUACUUUGCAGAGAACAGCCAGCCCAACUGCUGCGACUACUAAAAGCAUGGAUGCCAUUAUUUUUUAUGUUGCUUUGUCUACUCUAGCAUAAAGAAAACAUGAAAAUGAUAAAAAGAGCAACUGUGAGACCUAAUGAAAAACAAAGGGACACUCGUCUCGAAACAAAAAACCUCCAACAAAAGUCCAAAAUGACAAAAACAAAAACAAAAAAACGACAAAUGGACUGGAUCACCUUUGCCUUUUUGAGAUUCUUGUCUGUCUCGCUAGACUUGCCUUUUUGGGGAGAGCCACGAGUUCGGAGUCGGACUCCCGUUUGUUUUUGUUUUUUUUAGUUUUUUUUUGUUUUCAUACUUGCCUCAGCCGCAGCUCAAAACGUACAAAAACUAAAAACAGGACCUCGCAUGAUGUCAGUGAGUCAGACAUAUUGAUUCUAUAUCGUUUGUUUUUUGUUGCUGUUGUCGUUUUGCUUUGUUUUCUUUUAGUGGAAACAGUGUUUUAAAAACAUGCAGGCACCAACAGCAGAACUGUGACUGGAGAACCGGAGGACUGGUAAAAGGCUUGUCAAAUGAACUUUGACCUUAAGACGUAAGGACUAAAAUACCAGGAAGGUGCAAAGGAAAAUAUUUAUUUUGUUUUUUUUCCCUUGUUUGUUUGUUUUUGUUUUGUUUUGAUCUACGCAAUUGUAUUCCCAUACCUGUCACUCUCACUUUUAAUAUGCCUUGUUUAUGUGUGGUUUUAUUUUAUUCUUUAUUUUCUCGUUUUACUCUUUUACAUUAUUUGUUCAAUCCUUUUAAUACUCCUUGCCUUAAAAGCCACAGGACAUGAUUGUGAGAAGAUGUGUAUUGGUGUGUGUGGUAGGACAGUUUGCCACCUGUGUUUUCCUUAAUGAAGUAAGCUUGCAGAAGGCAGACACACACACACACACACACACACACACACACACACACACACACACACACACACACACACACACACACACACACACACACACACACACACACACACACACACACACACACGCACACCGUUAAGCCAAGUGAUCCGUGACAGGAUGGUGAGAGUCUGAUUUUACAGUGGCCGACAAAAUGGCCGACAGAGGGAAGAAGUGACAACUACAGGCUCACAACUGAACUUUGUUGUCAACUCUGUUCAUUGUGCACUGGGUGAAUAGAGAAUGGAAAUUCAAAUCCUCUAUCACAAACCCGGAGCGAAGCAAGUACAGUAGCACAGACACAGGCAAGCACCAGGAGAGAAAGGGGACACACGAGGGGGUCCAGGGGUGGCUAGGAGAGAGAGACAAGGUGAUUAAGAUGGGGGAAAGAUGUAAACCGUUUCCAUGCUCAUACACUAGCCAGGGGUCCGUUUCUCGAUUCUUGUCGUUGCUAACCGUCUCAAGACCGUCUCAAGACCGUCUUACCGUUCCCUUGGAUUUAGUGGUGAGUGUCGCUGUCGAGGGAGAGUUGAGUCGCUCUUACGAAGGACAGAGCCAGAGUUGGACCGGGACUAAGGCAGAACCGGAGCUGAACUGGGUCAAAGAUAGUUACAGUAGAACACAGACUGGGACACACGCACACACACACACACAAACACACACGCACACACACACACACACAGACACACACAGACACACACACACACACACACACACACACACACACACACACACACACACACACACACACACACACACACACACACACACACACAAACAAAAACAAAUACUCUUCCUAAGACUAAUGCUAUCCUUUGUAUGUAAUAUUUUUCAUGGUGAUGACAGGCAGCGAGGACAGUGAUGCCAGCUCAGUGUGUGUUUAAGAGAGAAGAGAGGUGACGCAUCCUUCCAGCCUGGCCAGCAUUGCAUUUUGCUGACCGCUGAGCAUCACACCGUGUGUUAUGUCCCACAUGGCUUCCCAUAGCUGGCUUUGUCCUGCGUGCUGUGGCACCGCGUGUUAUGUCCCUUACAGCUUGCCAUACUUCGGUAUGUUUUUUGUUUUGUUUUUCAUAUAUCACAUUGUAACAAGGUAUGUUAAUCAAAAUGUUAAUGGAUAACAUUUAUUCACUUUUUUUGCUCUUUUGUUUUUAUUUUUUGUUUGUUUGUUUGUUUUGUUUUGUUCUUGUUGUGCUUCAUGAAUGUGCCUUUUAUAUUUUUGUAAGCAUUUAAUCAAAAAUAUCCGAUAUGUCAUUGAGCCAUUUUUUUUCCAUCUUUCACUGUCUUCUCAGGCUUCUCUCUCUCUCUCUCUCUCUCUCUCUCUCUCUCUCUCUCUCUCUCUCUCUCUCUCUCUCUCUCUCUCUCUCUCUCUCUCUCUCUCUCUCUCCUUACCUUAUGUCUGCCUUUUGUCAGAGCCUUGUAAUAUUGUAAUAUAUAGGAAUUUUAAGUCCAGUAAUGAGGCCUUUUAGCAUUCUGACACAACACACACACACACACACUAUCUCUCUUUCUACCUUAUUCACACACACACACACACACACACACACACACACACACACACACACACACACACACACACACACACACACACACACACACACACACACACACACACACACACACUCAGACAAACACACACACACACACACCUUCUCCCUUACAGUAUGUUGGCCUGUUGUCAGGUGGUCUGAAAUAAAUGCACACCCCCUGGAUGCUGUGCACAAGGGGUUAGCGGUUAGUGUAGGCUGGAGAGAAGGGAUCCUGAGCACCCAACCCCAACGUCCUGAGCUAACGGACAGUAAGAAGGGGUUCAAUACCGGGCUGGACUGGGACAAACACUCAGUCCGGGCAUCUUCAGCCAAGACCGGCCUGCCAGUCAGUGUUGCCAGAUUUGGCGGUUACCUGCCAAAUUGGGCUGCUUGGGAUGGCCGUCUGCAGGUAAAAACGGGAAAAAUUGGUCAUUUGGUGAUUUUUUUUUUUUUAAGUGAAGUUUCAUGCCCAUAGAAAUCAUUGUAGUUUGUUGAAACUGGAUGGAAUUUAGCGCAUUUUGGCGUUUUUUGAAAUCCUUUUGGGCGGGAUUUGAUCAGACACAUCUGACAACGAUUCUGCCAGUUAUUGAGAGAGAUAAUGAAGCCUGUGGCAACAUUUUAAGUCAUCUACUUUGAACUAUUUUGACCACAGCAGCCAAAAUUAAUGUUUAAAUCUGACUCUGGGGAGAACCAGGGCAAUAUCAUCAACAGUCCACCGGGCAAAUACCCUGUAUGCCUUAUGUCCCGUCCAGCCCUGGUUCUAUAGCACUGAAGGGGUUAGCUUCCACUAACCGAGCAAUCUCCUGACGCAGUUUUACUUUGUUUCAUCUUGAUUCUCUUAUUGUCGUUAUUUCUCGUCAUAUAAUAGUAUAUCUUUCUGUCUUUUUUUUCCCUUCAAAAUGUUUGUCUUGUGUGUUUCGUACCAGAAAUGAUGAGGUGGAGAUUGUAUUAUAGAGUUAGUAGAUUGUUGAAACUUAGCGUGUCCACCAUCUCCCUCUGUGAGACUCUUCAAUCCCAGUUCCUUGUUGUGUGACAGCGGCUGCCGAUUCCAAUUGGGCGCUUGUCUUGUCCGUCAACAAGGAAGGGGAGGGACUCCAGAAAAAGGGAAGAGCGUGGUUUGGCAGACCGGAUGUGCCUUAAUUUCACAUUUCACCAGUGUAGCUUUUUAUGUGUAUUCCAAAAACAAACAUACACAGACAAGUAGGACUGUGCUUUCUCCUUUAACUUUACUUUCUGUGAUUGAAUUGUAAAUAAAAACCAACAAAAUGUGUAUGUAAUAUACCUUACCUCGAUAUACUGAGGGAUAUGGCCAACUAUGAAUUUAGUGAUAGACUCUGUUCUGAACUAGCCUUUUGCUCUGAAAGCAUUUGUCCCCCUCAGCCUCAUGCCAGGCUUACACUGUGCGAUUUCUGGCCCAAUUUUGCCACACUUACUCGCACAGCUUUUUUAGAACCGGGCCAAUUUCUUGCUCAAUCGGAGGGGUCAAUCGUGAGUCUCGCUUAGUGUAGUGUACAUGGGGUAACUACAAGGGAUUUCACUUCACGACCAGCUUGUGAUCUGCAAUGGUAAGGGUCGCAAGAAAGACAAGGUCAGCGCGAUUCGCUCUUGGGCGCCUCCUCAUCUCCACCUCAGGUGCGUGUGUCCCUUUUACGUUCAUCUGCAGUUAUAGAACACAAGCCUGUCGCGUCGCAGAGAGCAUUCUGCUCACAUCCGACCUUCGGCUUGUAUAGUGUGAGAACGUGAGUCGUGAGAUGCAAACUUUUAAACCGAGUAAUUCCCACGAUUGAAAAUAUCGCACAAUGUAUGGCCAUCUUUAGAGUACAGCCCACACUGCACUCUAGACCACACACACCAACACACACACACACACACACACACACACACACACACACACACACACACACACACACACACACACACACAGUCAUUUUUUUUUUUUGCUCUUUGUUCCAUGUCACUUUAUAGAACCUCAUGUGGGCACUCCCUCUACUUGGAGGAGGUAGCCACCAUACAAGGGUCACCUAGGCAACAUUUACCACAACAGAACAUGAUAUGGCAGCUAUAGCUUCUCAUGCAGUUUAGUACAGAGAAUCCAUUCUGUUUAGAGAUUUGAGAGCCGACCAUGCAGACGAACUCAAAGUGCUUUAGAAGUCCAAAAUAAUUGCAGUAGACAGAUAUUGAUAUUGCACCACACACUCGUGCGCACACACACACACACACUCACACACACUUGCGCUUACACACACACACACACACACACACACACACACACACACACACACACACACACACACACACACACACACACUCGUGCGCGCACACACACACACACACACACACACACACACACACACACACACACACACACACACACACACACACACACACACACACACACACACACACACACACACACACAGACACACACACAAAUGCGUUCAUAGAGGGGGGGGGAGCACAAGAGAGAGAGAGAGAGAGAGAGAGAGAGAGAGAGAGAGACGGAGAGAGACAGAGAGAAAGACAGACAGAGAGAGAGAGAGAGAGAGAGAGAGAGAGAGAGAGAGAGAGAGAGAGAGAGAGAGAGAUAGAGAAAGCAAUGAGAUUGCAGUGAUGAGAUAUACUGUAUAAGUGCCUUAACGUUUUCUUCAUGCAUUCAAGACAUCUAAUGUCUUCUGCUUGUUGAUUUAAACUGUGACUUGUUUGUGGGUCUUUAAGAAAUCUGAAACGAAAGAUAGGAUAAGUACUUAAAAUAUAUACUGCAAAGACACAGUACACACAAGUGAUGCCCCAACAAA